CCCCACAAGCGGAGCGUCAACAUGACCGAAUGCGUCCCGGUGCCCAGCUCGGAGCACGUGGCGGAGAUCGUGGGCCGGCAAGGGUGCAAGAUCAAAGCUCUGCGGGCAAAAACCAACACCUACAUCAAGACGCCGGUGAGAGGCGAGGAGCCCGUUUUCAUUGUGACAGGACGCAAAGAGGAUGUGGAGAUGGCGAAGCGGGAGAUCCUCUCGGCGGCGGAACACUUCUCUAUGAUCCGGGCCACGCGCAACAGAGUCAAUGGGGUGACGGGCUCGGUCUUGGGCCCUCCGAACCUGCUAGGGCAGACCACCAUCCAGGUCCGUGUCCCUUACCGGGUGGUCGGGCUCGUGGUGGGACCGAAAGGGGCCACGAUCAAGCGCAUCCAGCAGCAGACCCACACUUAUAUCGUCACUCCGAGCCGAGAUAAAGAGCCGGUCUUCGAGGUGACCGGCAUGCCGGAGAACGUCGAUCGGGCCAGAGAGGAAAUCGAAGCUCACAUCACCAUGAGGACGGGCGCCUUCAUUGAUGUCAACACCGAGAACGAUUUCCAUUCCAACGGCACCGAUGUCUGCCUGGAUUUACUGGGGGGAGGCCCCUCGGGUCUCUGGUCCAAAGCGCCGAAUCCUACCCAGCGGACACUCCCCAGCCAGCGCAACGAUAACCUCAGCUCUUUGGGCACCUCUGUGUCGGCCACCGAACUUUACUUCGAGGGAGCUCCCCGCAGCCCCUUCGAUUCCAAUAGCAGCUUCCCAUUCAGUGAGCCCCCGACGUCUCUGCUGGGCUCCGAGGAUUGCGAUUUCGGGUUCGACUUCCUGGCCUUAGAUCUCACCACGCCAGCCAAUAUCUGGUCUCCGUUCGAAUCCCCCACUAAUCCGCUCCAGGCCUUCGGCAGCAGUUCCUCCUCCUCCAUCAACGGCACCUCCCAACGGCGCCACAGCAGCUUCAGCGGCACCACCACACCAAGCCAUUCACCGACCCUCCCUGAGAGCACCGCGGCAUUAGAACACCCGUUGGUCCGCCGGAUCCAGAGCGACCCCGUCAGCGCCCUGCCGUGGCUGCCAUCCCAAGGCUCUUUGUCUUCAUUCUCCAACAGCACUGGCUACUCUUCAUCCUCCUCCUUACCGAGCAGCAUCUCAGGUGCUUCGGGCUCCCCGACGGAUUCGAGCAGUUCUGAUGGGGCCUGCAAAAACUCGCGCGAGUGCAUGGUGUGCUUCGAAAGCGAGGUGAUCGCUGCCUUGGUCCCCUGUGGCCACAACCUCUUCUGCAUGGAAUGCGCCAUGCGCAUCUGCGGACGCCCCGACCCGGAGUGCCCUGCCUGCCACACCCCGGCAACACAAGCCAUCCACAUUUUCUCGUAGCAGUUGGGACAGCAGAAGACCUUGCCCUAAAUCCCGACUUCCUCACUUCCCGAAACAAAGCUUUUCCCCAAAAACUUUUAACUGUUUAUAUCAAUAGUUUUUUCCACCCACCCCCUGCUUCUGAGAAAUGUAAAGAAAAUUAAAGAACUAGCAUGGCAGAGGGUGGGGGAGGGGGACACGAUGUAUUCUUUACGGCUUGUGGCAUAAAAGGAGAGAGAUAAAGAUGGUUGCAGAGAAAUGAAAUAAGAAAUGAGGGGAAGGAUUGUGUGGUGUGUGCAUGUAGGGGAUGUGGAGACAGAAACAGGUGUAGAUUUUUAAGUGGGGUUUUUUUUUGGCAGGGGGAAAGAGGGGUGGGAUUUUCAGAUUUUCUGGACUACAGAUCCAAAAUUCUUCCAUCUUGGAGUUCUGUCUAAUUUCCAGGCACCUAAAUGUGGCUCACCUGGGAGAACGGCCUAAAGCAGAAGGCUUUGAGGCCUAGCUCUGCCCAAGCAUCCUGU